CAAUUUUUUAUAUUUUUUUUUGGACAGUGUAGCACAAGGUAGUUGAUAAAUGGAUUGAAAAUAAAGAACCUAUUACUACUAUUACUAAGUGUGGCUAGGUUGUUUGGAAUAUAAUGAAACAAACUUUAGAAGUGGACGCAUUCCAUUCAAAGUAUAAAGUAUUAAAGGUAAAUGUUAACAUCGUUAUUAGUUUCCAUCAUUUUUGACAAUAUAAAUAUUUUGUGAUACCGGUACAGGGGAGAUUAGUCCGACACAUAAAUUAGUAUAAAAUUAAAAUUGGAAAAGUUGUCUUUCUUCAAAUUAAUCUUCCUGUUGGAAGAUACGGUAUAGAAAAACAUUAAAUGUAGAGCUGAAUUAAAAAGAUGCUAUGGGUUCAUCAAACUUUUAAUUACAUCAAUGUAGACAUUUUGUGAUAUAUUGAGAAAGUGAAAAAUACUUCGGGAGUGUUCGGUAAAUAAAAAAAAGUGUAUCUUUCCUCUUGUCGCUUUUUGUAUUGUACAUAGCUACAAACUUGCUACUAUUCUAACUAAUGUGCUACACUGUGUUGUUUAUGAAACAGAAACGUGUAAGUGUUUGUGUCUUCAUUCCACACGCAAUAUGUAAUAAAUAUGAAAUAAAUUAAAAUAUUUAUUUCCUGCAGUGUGUUGUGUUAUUUCUUGCGUUGUUAGAGCACUGUCAGUCAAUGAGAAAUGUUGUUAGAGCACUGUCAGUCAAUGAGAAAUGUUGUUAGAGCACUGUCAGUCAAUGAGAAAUGUUGUUAGAGCACUGUCAGUCAAUGAGAAAUGUUGUUAGAGCACUGUCAGUCAAUGAGAAAUGUGCAGGGGCAACUGCAGGACAAAAGUCAAGCCUGUCGGCCUUGGCCUCUCAGGUCAGUCAGCCUUGGCUCAUUCAAGUCAGUCAGCCUUGGCUCCUUCAAGUCAGUCAACCUUGGCUCCUUCAAGCCAGUCAACCUUGGCUCCUUCAAGCCAGUCAGCCUUGGCUCCUUCAAGUCAGUCAGCCUUGGCUCCUUCAAGUCAGUCAGCCUUGGCUCCUUCAAGCCAGUCAACCUUGGCUCCUUCAAGUCAGUCAGCCUUGGCUCCUUCAAGUCAGUCAGCCUUGGCUCCUUCAAGUCAGUCAACCUUGGCUCCUUCAAGCCAGUCAGCCUUGGCUCCUUCAAGCCAGUCAGCCUUGGCUCCUUCAAGUCAGUCAACCUUGGCUCCUUCAAGCCAGUCAGCCUUGGCUCCUUCAAGCCAGUCAGCCUUGGCUUAUUCAAG